GGAAGCGCCAAAUAAAGUGAUGUUAGACGGUGCUGCUUAUCUACACAAACUGAAAUUUCCUUACAUUAAAAUGAUGUGAAUGUGAAGCAGGAAGACGAGAGGAGUUCCAGGCGAAUUACGCACGCGACCGUCACGUUGUUCAGGUGGAGGGCCGUCGGUCUCCCUCGAAUCGACCCAAACUUGCUGUGAGCAUUGAAGCAUGAUGGUCUGAACUUCACAGAGAGAUUAUGAUGGGCGGGUCUGUUCUGGUGUGUGUUUAAGAGAGACAAUAUGACUGCGUACAUAUGUGUUUCAUCAAGUGAUCUAACGUGUGUUUCCCCCACCCUCUCCGUGUUGGAUAAAUACUCAAUGUGCUACUGGAGCAACAACACACCAAACCAGUACAACCCAGUGCUGUGGUCUCUUUAUCCUCCUCCUCAGCUCACCGCAGACUGGGUCACUGUCCAGGUAUUCAUGACAGUUUGGACUCUGUUUCCACUCUGGGAUUUGAAAAGGAAAGAAAAGUGUGUGAAGGAACAAAACAGCCAGGUGGCGAUCAAGGUGAUAGAUAAGAAGAAGGCUCGUCAGGAUUCAUACGUUUUAAAGAACAUGAAGCGCGAACCGAGGAUUCACCAGCUGAUCAGGCACCCGAACAUCGUCUUGCUGUUGGAGACGCUGGAGACUGAGAACUGCUACUACAUGGCUAUGGAGCUGUGCGGUGGAGGAGAUCUGAUGGACCGCAUCUGUGACCGUAAGAGGCUGGAGGAGAGAGAGGUGCGCAGAUACACCCGCCAGAUACUGUCUGCAGUGGAACACCUGCACAAACACGGGAUAGUUCACAGGGAUCUAAAGAUUGAGAACUUCCUACUGGACGAGCACAACAACAUUAAGAUCGUUGAUUUUGGUUUGAGUAACACCUAUAAGUCAGAUUCCCUCUCUUUGGAUCUGCUAAACACUCAGUGUGGAAGCCCAGCUUAUGCGGCACCCGAGUUAUUGGCGCAUAGGAAAUACGGCCCUAAAGUGGAUGUGUGGUCUGUGGGUGUCAGUAUGUUUGCCAUGUUGACGGGCACAUUGCCAUUUACUGUAGAGCCCUUCAACAUCAAGCAACUUCAUCAGAGGAUGGUGAAUGGAGAAAUCAGUGCUAUACCAUCAGACAUCAGCAAAGCGGCUGUACAGUUUGUCUUGUCUCUGUUGGAGCCAGAACCGGAAAAAAGGCCAACGGUUAAAGCAGCAAUGCAGGAUAAAUGGCUGAACGAGGGUUAUUCCAAGAGAUUACUACAGACUGUCAUUUAUAGAAACAGACUGAGACAAGAAGAUCUAAAUUCAGCUGUGGUAAAUUACAUGACAGAAUCACUUGGUUAUGGUCUUUCUGAGAUCAUCCAUGCUGUCAUCAACAACAAGCCAUCUGCCAUCUUAGCCUCUUAUCAUCUACUGCUGAAGAAACUCACCAGGUAUCAGAAAGGAGUCAAGGCUAUGAAGAGAGAAGAAAACAAUGAAUGGAAUCUUGUCAAUAAAGGAUUUUCUAAAGAAAAAUGCUAUUCAGAUGCAAAGUCUCCUCAGCAUGACACAUCCAAUGAGAAGAGUUCAAGGCAGGCCAGUAGGACCCAGAGGAGCCAAUCACCGGACAGAGAUGCUCGGAGUGGCAAGAAAAGGCCAGUGGAGACAAAUGGACCAAGGCAGCAAAGCCCAAUGGAUAGAGCAGUUUCCCCAACCUCACCACCUGUGGAUACAGCUAAUGAGAUCGCAAUACUUGUGGAGACACAUGAUAGACUGAUUCCAAAGGUCUCAACUUUUGCCGAAAAGGAAGCAAUUCAAGUCUCACCCCCCCAGUGUGUCUGCCGAGAGGGGAGUGAUACAAAUCUCUGUGACUCAGCUCCCUGUGAUGCCAAUGUAACCACAGACACCUCCAGAGACUCCCAGACAAUAAAAACAUUGAACAAACCGCGUGACCUGAGAACGGCUUACUCUGACAGAUAUCAAAGCUUGGAAUCCGAACAUCACCAAGAUGAUCACAAGUUGGAGAAGUUGCAGACAUUUUACUCAGAGAAAGGCACAUCUCCAAAAACGCAUCUAGAGAGCAGAGCGGGACAACGCUUUAAAGAUCUUUUACUGGCCAUUGAAGAGAAAACGUACCAUGCUCACCACAUCAGCCCAAUGGAAACCACAGCACAAACCUCACCUUUACCACGACUACGCCACACUGGAACGCUGAAAGAAGCUACGCCUAGAAAAGUCAACUGGGUUGGCUUUACACGCCAUGCCACUGCUGGUAGAGGUUCCUCACCUUUCUUGGUAAAUGGGACCAAACCACCUUUGUUUCCAUCACAGAGACAACAAGCUCUCGUCAUUAAAAACCUGAGACAUGCAAAAGAGAAGAGAAACACAGGAGGGGGAGGAGGGAUAGGUAUCCCGAGUAGUACCACGAAAAGGAACUCUGUUCAGUUAAGAACGACUAUACAGCGCAGAGGCGCAGACCUUAACCUACCGAUGCUCCCAUCAGCUUUACAAAACAAAUCUGACAAAAAGACAGAAAUACUCAGAAUGGACUUUGGAUGACAGAGGUUCGGAGAGGAAGUGGGAAAGACAUGCUUUGGGAAACUUUAAUGGCUGAACCAAAUUGAUUUCUAGCCUUGCGUAUCUGCUUCCUCUCUGAUACAAGAAUCAGACUGAUAUAUGACACUCCUUUUCUCCAUGCUCCCUUGCACCUUUUCCGAUCCCUUAUUCCCAGGACAAUUUUACUACUCUUGAGUUUCCCAAUUGUCAAGUUGGGAUUUGACUGAUGCCCUUUGUAGAUUUAAAGCCCCUAUCAUGUUUCUAGCUUUAUGAAUGAAUGCAUCUCAAUGAGAUCACUCAGCUCUGCCAGCUCGUGCCAAAAAUGAGGAUCCAUAAUUCAGUUUAUGGGAAAAAUGGCUAAUAAAGAAUAUUUAUUACAUAA